AUGCCCAUUGAGACGGACGAGCGGCGAGAGUUCCGACGCAAGAUGCGCGCCAAGUGCGAAUUCGUGUGCAAGUACUGCCAGCGCCGCUUCACCAAGCCGUACAACCUGAUGAUCCACGAGCGCACGCACAAGGACGACGUCACCUUCACCUGCGAGACCUGCGGCAAGACCUUCAAGCGGCAGGACAACCUCAAACAGCACAGGUGGGUUAGAAGACGUGGAGCCUGUGAGGAGAAUGUAACCAGUGGGAACGUGUGUGGAAGAAGCGCCGCGAAUCGCGGAGAAAACGGCGGCUGCGCACUGGCUGACCUGGAGGUUGGUGGAGGCGGCGGCCCGGGGUCGUGGCAUUCCGGGAUGACACCACAGCCGCAGCCGCGGAGAAAGCCGCUGCCGCUGGAGGCCCGCGAGGCGUGA